AUGACGAAGGGUACUUCCUCGUUCGGUAAGAGGCACAACAAGACGCACGUUCUGUGCCGUCGUUGCGGCCGCCGCUCCCUCCACGUCCAGAAGCACACUUGCGCCUCGUGCGGUUACCCCUCGGCCAAGACCCGCAAGUACAACUGGUCCGAGAAGGCCAAGCGGAGAAAGACCACCGGCACCGGCCGCAUGCGCUCGCUCGCCGACGUUUCCCGACGAUUCAAGAACGGCUUCCAGACCGGUGGCCCCAAGGGUGCUCGCGGUGCUGCCAACCCCAACCCUUCCAAGGAAUAA